UGUUUUACUUACGUUGAGGAGUACAAAAUUAUUAAAAUUAUUUUGUACAGAAAUAUAUAUUUCUUGUACGCACAAGAAUAGUGCAAAUUAUAUUAGUGUAUAGUUUUGACUGUACAAAAUCUAAUAAAAUGAGUCUCGCUAUGAUUCAUAGAUUUGUGUUAUCAAGCUGCAGAAGUAAAAUUAACGUUGAUGCUUGUUGGGGCAUCGCAACAAAUUUAAGAGCUAUGCAAAUAAAGCCAGUGGUGGUGCAGAUUGAGUUUUCCACACAUAUAAUGUGCAAAGUUCACAGGAGACUUUUUCACAAUUCUAUAAUCUUACAACUGCAGAAGAAUAAAUUUAAGGAAAAUGCAACUGACAUCGUAGAAAGUAUAUCUACAUUGCAAAUGAAGAAGAGGCCUAGAAGAAAUAAAGUUGUGAUCGAUGACAAGGUUCCAAAACCUGAUACAUGGAAUGUAAAAGCUUUAGCUACGGCAGAAGAGUAUAACUUGGAAGCUUUAGCUUACGGCCUGCUGGAUCAGCAACUUUAUAUUCCCAGUAAAAUAUCUACUUCCACGAAUUCCUUGCCCGAUGUUAUACAUGCGGUGGCAAAAUACGAAGUGGGACACGAACCACGGGAGAUCUUUUUCUUUCGAGAGGGUAGUAUCGUCAUGUGGAAUAUUUCCGAUCUCGAAUGUGGCAACCUAUUGCAGUUUCUGAAAAAUUACGAGCAGAAUCGUUACAUAAAGGAGCUGAUUCACACCGAAAGCGAGUUGAUGCAUUACACUUAUGCGGAUUUCGGGAAGAAGAGUCACUUGAAGGACGGCGACAUCAUCUUGGCUCGAGACACCGGAAACUUGGACAAGCUGGACAAGUAUACAUUCUCUAAUGCCAUGGCGCAAUCUGUCAAAUUAGGCAUCUGGGAGGCAUCGUUGAAUCGUUACGUCGAUUCGAUCGAAUUUGUUACGGAAGAUCUGAAAGCCGGAAGGAAGCUUCAGAUGACGCAGCAGGAGGUGUUGAGGAAACAGGGCGAACUUUUUGCUCUCAGGCAUCGGAUUAAUCUCACCUCGGAUUUGUUGGAUACGCCAGAUUUUUACUGGGAACGAGACGAUCUCGAAAACUUGUAUCAACACAUUUGCGGAUACUUUAGCAUCACAAAGCGUACGAGAGUGAUGAAUGAAAGAUUAAACCACUGUGUGGAAUUGGUAAGCAUUUUAUCGUCGCACUUGAGUGACCGUCAUCACGUUCGUUUGGAAUGGAUGAUAAUCAUUCUUAUCAUGGUGGAAGUCGCUUUCGAAGUUCUGCAUUACAUCGAACGAUAUCUUGUAAAAUAGCAGCCUAAGACGAUGCUUUGUACAAAAGUCAAGUAACAUACUCCAGCAUUUAUUAUUGCGCUAAUAUAUAUUAUGGACCAAAAUUAUAAACUGAAACUCGUGCCUCUUUA